CCGGGGUCAAUCACUGCAGGGUUGACGUCAGUUGUUGUCUGUUCUGAGGCUGCGCGGCUCCAAGAGUUCCCACGGUGCUGCUGUCUCCGCCGCCGCCGCAGCGGCCGCCUCUGUGUCUCCGCUGCGCUGACAGCCACAGUUGGACUCCACGGUACAGAAUGCUCUGGAAAGUAGCUGCACUACUCAGCCUGGUCCUGGGCUCCGGCGCUCAGCCCACCAGUGUAGAUGACGACCCCCAGGAUGGCGGCAAGCACUGGGUGGUGAUUGUCGCAGGCUCCAACGGCUGGUACAAUUACAGGCACCAGGCCGACGCGUGCCACGCCUACCAGAUCAUUCACAGAAAUGGGAUCCCCGAUGAGCAGAUUGUUGUGAUGAUGUAUGACGACAUUGCCAACUCCGAGGAAAACCCCACUCCAGGUGUUGUGAUCAACAGGCCUGGCGGCUCGAAUGUAUAUGAGGGAGUCCUGAAGGAUUACACCGGAGAUGAUGUGACCCCAGAAAACUUCCUUGCGGUGCUGAGAGGCGACGCAGAAGCAGUGAAGGGCAAAGGGUCCGGAAAAGUCCUGAAGAGCGGUCCCCAAGAUCAUGUGUUCGUUUAUUUCACUGACCACGGAGCACCUGGAUUACUGGCUUUUCCUAAUGACGAUCUCCACGUCAAGGACCUGAACAAGACCAUCCGUUAUAUGUACGAGCACCAAAUGUACCAGAAGAUGGUGUUCUACAUUGAAGCCUGUGAGUCCGGCUCCAUGAUGAACCACCUGCCCCACGACAUCAACGUUUAUGCAACUACUGCCUCCAACCCCAGCGAGUCGUCCUAUGCCUGCUACUAUGACGAGAAGAGGUCCACGUAUCUGGGUGACUGGUACAGUGUCAACUGGAUGGAAGACUCAGACAUGGAGGAUCUGAGCAAGGAGACACUCCACAAGCAGUACCAGCUGGUGAAGUCCCACACCAACACCAGCCACGUCAUGCAGUAUGGCAACAAGUCGAUCUCGGCCAUGAAAGUGAUCCAGUUUCAAGGAGUAAAGCACAAAGCUAGUGCCCCGGUCGCUCUGCCUCCAGUCACACACCUUGACCUCAUUCCGAGCCCGGAGGUGCCCCUGGAUAUCAUGAAAAGGCAACUGAUGAGCAGCAAUGACUGGAACAAGUCCAAGACUCUCAUUAAACAGAUCCAGCGACAUCUGGAUGUUCGGCACAUCAUUGAGAAGUCCGUACGCAAGAUCGUCUUCCUGCUGGCGGGGACUGAGGCUGUGACCGAGACGCUUCUGUCCGAGAGAGCCCCGCUCAUGGAGCACGACUGCUACAAGGAGGCUGUGACGCACUUCCGCACACACUGCUUCAACUGGCACUCGUCCACGUACGAGUAUGCCCUGAGACACUUGUACGUCCUGGCCAACCUGUGUGAGAAGAAGUAUCUGAUCGACAGGAUAAAGUCGUCCAUGGACGAGGUGUGCCUUGAUUACUACUGAACAGCUACCUUCUCGAUGAUUCUCCAGGUGUGACACUGUCCCUUAAAAUGUGCUAUCCAGAAGCUGCGGAGAUGGGACCAGUGGGAAGCUGGGCAGCUCGGGCCCACUGGGGAAUGCGGUCAGGCUGCUCGGCUUCACCCAGGCCUCUUUCACAAGAUGCUGGCCCUCCUUUCCUACCCAGUCUCCAGGGUGCGUGUGAAGCCCUGAAGAAGCCACAGUUGAGUGAACAGAGCUCUGUUGAGAAAGACCUGUUGGCUUUUUAAGAGCUUUUUUUGCCCACUAGUUUUCAAGAGCAAGAGGUCCCCUGGGGCUUCUGUAGCCGGUGAGGAGAUCUUUGUUCUAAGAAAUUUGAAGCUGAAACCUUUUCAAAGUCUUCAGGUGAUUUUAUUGAAGAGGGCUGUAAGCUCUCAAAUGGAAAUUUAUUUUUAAAUAAUAUUACAAUUUUGAUUGCUUUUAUAUUUUAUUCUGCAAUAACGGACAAGUCUUAAGAAAAUAAAGAUUUAU